UGACGUCGCGCACUGGCCACGUCAUCCAGUGCUCCGUCACAACAACAUCCAAGAUGGCGGCGAGUGUCCGUGAGAAACAGACUGCGGCUCUGAAGAAGAUGCUGAACUUCAACUCUGCUCCUCUGAAGAACUCCACCUCGGAGCCAGUGUGGAAGGUGCUGAUCUACGACCGUUUCGGCCAAGACGUCAUCUCUCCUCUGCUGUCCGUCAAAGAGCUGCGCGACAUGGGCAUCACCUUGCACCUGCUCCUCCACUCAGACAGAGACCCCAUUCCCGAUGUUCCCGCCAUAUAUUUUGUGAUGCCCACUGAGGAAAACAUCGACAGGAUAUGCCAGGAUCUGAGGAAUCAACUUUAUGAGUCGUACUACCUGAACUUCAUAUCGGCCAUUAGUCGCAGUAAGCUGGAGGACAUCGCCAGCGCAGCGCUAGCUGCCAACGCCGUCAACCAAGUCACCAAGGUGUACGAUCAGUACCUGAACUUCAUCACCCUGGAAGACGACAUGUUCAUCCUCUGCCACCAAAACAAGGAGCUCAUCUCGUAUCAUGCCAUUAACCGGGGCGACCUGCAGGACACAGACAUGGACAUGAUGAUGGACACAAUAGUGGACAGUCUCUUCUGCUUCUUCGUCACACUGGGCGCCGUCCCCAUCAUCCGGUGUCCCCGUGGCAACGCAGCUGAGAUGGUUGCUGUGAAACUGGACAAGAAGUUGCGUGAAAACCUGCGAGAUGCACGAAACAGCCUCUUCACUGGAGACAACAUGGCUGCUGGACCGUUCAGUUUCCAGAGGCCUCUGUUUGUGCUGGCAGACCGGAACGUGGACAUGGCCACGCCCCUCCACCACACCUGGACCUAUCAGGCCCUGAUCCACGAUGUCCUGGAGUUUCAUCUGAACCGGGUCGUGAUGGAGGAGGGGGCCGGGGCUGACCCACCCCCCGCCGGUGCCAGGCCCAAGAAGAAGAGCAGAAAGAGCUACGACCUCACCGGAGCCGACAAGUUCUGGCAGAAACACAAGGGGAGUCCCUUCCCCGAGGUGGCCGAGUCGGUCCAGGAGGAGCUGGACUCAUACCGGGCCCAGGAGGACGAAGUGAAGAGACUAAAGAGCAUCAUGGGUCUAGAGGGGGAGGAUGAAGGAGCCAUCAGCAUGUUGUCAGACAACACCGCCAAGCUAACCUCAGCAGUCAGCUCGCUGCCCGAGCUUCUGGAGAAGAAGCGGCUCAUCGACCUUCACACCAACGUGGCCACAGCUGUCCUGGACCACAUCAAGAGCCGCAAACUGGACGUCUAUUUUGAAUAUGAGGAGAAGCUGAUGAGCAAAUCCACGCUGGAUAAAUCUCUGCUGGACAUCAUCACUGACCCCGAUGCCGGGACGCCAGAGGACAAAAUGAGGCUCUUCCUGAUCUUCUACAUCACAUCAGUGCAGCCACCGUCCGAGUCGGACCUGGAGCAGUACCGCGCCGCUCUGCUGGACGCCGGCUGUGACCUUUCACCCCUCAACUACAUCAAGCAGUGGAAGGCGUUCACCAAGAUGGCUGCCACUCCAGCUAACUAUGGCAACAGCGGUGUCAAACCAAUGGGGUUGUUCUCCAGGGUGAUGAACUCUGGUUCUCAGCUGGUGAUGGAGGGAGUGAAGAACCUGGUGCUGAAGCAACACAAUCUCCCCGUGACCCGGAUCCUCGACAACCUGAUGGAGAUGAAGUCCAACCCUGAAACUGAUGACUUCCGAUAUUUCGACCCCAAGAUGCUCCGCGGCAGUGAGAGCUCCAUUCCAAGGAACAAGAGUCCGUUCCAAGAGGCGAUCGUGUUCGUGGUCGGAGGAGGAAACUACAUCGAGUACCAGAACCUGGUGGACUUUGCUAAAUCCAAACAGAAGCGGGUCGUCUACGGCUGCAGCGAACUCUUCAACGCCUCUCAGUUCAUCAAACAGCUGUCGCUGCUCGGGCAGAAGUGAUGUCACCCCCCAGCUCAUCAUUCCGGUCUGGACCUGGAGGGGUGCCACCUCCCGACCAUGCCCUGACACACAGACAUCAUGUGGCUCACUUCCAACUUUGAAACAUUAAACUUCGAUGCUUUUACCGUUUAACCUCCGACCCUGUUCUGAUUCGCUCUGCUGUCAAUCACAUGGUUGAUGCAAUGUUGGUGCAAUCGCCUCGGCAGAGAGCGUUCCAUUCGUCAGUCGCCUCAACUGAGAGCGUUCCAUUCGUCAGUCGCCUCGGCAGAGAGCGUUCCAU